UUAUCAUGUCUCCUGGUGGUGGUGACUAAGUCUUUAUCUGACCUAUUGGCUUUGGGCCCCUCGUGUUGUGAUAGGCCCGGCCCCCCUCGACAACCCUCACUGCCUUCUUGUUUAUCAGUACCAAUGUGGCCAGUCAGCCUCACUCAACCAGAUUGGUUCGCCCGACUUUUCAGCUGGUAUGCAGGCCACUGGGUCUGCAUUAAUGUGCCAUCCCCCUCACGUCGCAAACCCGGGGCCGGAUUUCGCUACGAUGCUUCUCAUUUAACCUCACCGUCCAUACCUGGCUCGACAUGGAUCCUCUCUCGAUCUCGGCCAGCGUAAUCGCUCUCGUCCAGGCGUCGCUGGCUGUUGGGAAGGGGGUUAAGCUACUUGCUUCUCUGCGACAUGCUCCUGCAGAAUUCUGCGAUUUGGUGAAUGAACUCACUACGCUGCAAGCUGUUAUUGAGCAGGUCAAGAACCCACUCGAAGAGUUGGAAGGCGAGCGAGCGAGUGAUCGCACACUUCCCGGUUUGGAUACGUCUGCAACUUUGGUGUUGAAACGCGACUUAGAAAUCAUUGCAGAGGAGCUCGGUGCUCUUUGCGAACGACUCACAUCAACGGGCAAGGCAGAUGAGAAGGAUAGACCAAACAGGGUGUCUAAAGGAAGAUGGAUACGGGAGCAAAGCAACAUUGCAAAACUCAGGUCCAGGGCACUCGCCACGCGAAACAGUCUAACACUGUCGUUUGCUGCCUUGCUUUCAUCGCAGAGUUUGAGACAGGGCAGAGUGAUAGUUGAUGUCCACCGACUCAUUCAAGAGUUUUCCCGAGGCUUUGCCAGAGAGACCGAGAGAAAUCGUAGUAUAAUGAUCAUGAACCACGCCAGCAUCGAGGAAAAGAUGACCUCCCUCGACUGUCAGAUGCACGCAAAAACAUCCAGCCUGGAACACUUAUUGACAGCACAAUGUUCCCUUUCAAGCCAGGGCAGUCCGCCGAGCCAAAACCACUCGGGAAUCAAAACGGACCCCUGUGUUACAAUACAGGCUUCGGUUCGCAGAAGUUGUUUGCCUCUUUGCAGAUGUCAGUGUCAUCAUUACUCCAGGAUCCAGACGCCAGCCUGGAUGCGCUCCGUUUUCGGUACACUUUUCCUUCAGUACAACAGCGUUCCGCUCCUGAGCCAUAGAGGGUGUGACAUCCAAGAAUGCAGAGCCGGCCCCUCCAACUCUUCACGCCUGUUCUAUCUCUUCCCGAGAUGGCUUCUCUCUCGCGCGGUCUUCAUUGCGACCUCCUGGGGGAGUCUAACUGGAGCCGGGUCUUCUAUUCACCUCCACAUCCCAAGACUGGUCCCCCGAGAUCAAUUGGUAUCAGUUGUUUUCAACUGUGAUAUUGAAUGGAUAAAACAAGGCAUUGCCAACUCAACCGUAUUGCCAACAGACGUGGAUGAUGAUGGAAACUCGCUUCUCAUGUUAUCCCUACGUGAAGUGAAUCUACCGCUCUCAGAGUUUCUUGUUCAACAGGGCUGGCCAUUACAUUUGGAAAACGUAACUGGAUGGACGGCCGCAACACGCUCUCGAGUGCUGUACUAUGCCGCGAAGCACAACCGAAUCCAGUCUCUCAAACCCGAGCAUCGCCGUAUGAUUGAGAAUCUCACGUUCUCACGAGCAGAAGCAGGUGGUACAUCGACUUUGAUACAUGAGGCAGUUCUUGGAGCAACACCAUUGUCCGUAUCGGACGCAAUUACUCACUCUCGGUCUGAUAUCGAUAGCCUCGACAGCUAUGGGUGGUGUCCAUUGCAUUGGGCAAUCUUUCUUGACGACUACACUUCGUCAGAGGUCCUCCUAUAUCGUGGCGCCAGCGCAAAGACAGAGACCGGAAGCGGCUGGACACCACUCCAUUACGCUGCUCGAUACGAGCCUUUUGGCUCAACUAGGAUGGCCCAGGCCGUCAUUAGUGCCGGAGCCGAUAUUGAUGCACAAGUCAAGAACUAUCGUGGUAUUAGAGGGGAAACCGCAAUCAUCUUUGCCUUCGAUAACCCAGAGAUGAUUGAACUUUUGCUGGGGCACGGUUCCAGAAUCGUCGUCAAAACCGACACUGACUGGGUGUGCCCGCUGUCGUACCGGGCUCGUCGGACAAGUAACGUCGAUCGUUGGGACCCAAGAAGGUGGUACUGGGAACGAUCUCUGAGGUUGCUUUGCAAUGCCGGAUUGGACCUUGAUCUGCCAUCACAGCAGCCAGGCUACGAGGGUCGUACCCCUCUUCACGACACAAUCCUGUGGCGCAAUGUGGCAUUACUGGAGCUAUUAAUCCAACACGGAGCCAGGCUUGAUGCCAGAGACAGGCAUGGCUCAAGCUCUCUGCAUUUUGCAGCCCAAAGCGCGAAUAUGGAGCUCAUCGACGUCUUACGGGAUGCUCAUAUCCGCGGGCUGGAUCCAGACCAAGCAAACACUGCUGGCGACACACCAAUGAAGAUAAUCACAGCACGGAUGUAUGGCAGCGAAGAUGGGAGGCAGCCAGGCGAAACAAGGCCAACAUAUAAUGAGUGGCUGGCUUUCAAACAACUGUUGCAAGAAAUACGGGACCGCAACUGUGGUGAUUUCUCACGAGGCCAUGGUCGUACGGACUUUUCUGGACGCCAUUCGCCUAGCAUCCCGCCCGAAGACUGGACACUUGGUAGCGAUACCGUCUAUCAAACUGCUGUUCAGUCUUUGAGGAGCAGCCCGUUAUCAACGACUGUCGAUGAUCUCACUUCUGUAAGAAUUUGGGAGGACAGCCGCAGCGAUGAGGAUCAGGUCUUGAACGUAGCUGCCGAGAGCUGAACCGGCCAACUCGAAUCCAACAAGCAAAAUAGUUGCUUUGGUCGUGCGUACGCAUGUAUCCAUUCCGUAUCAUGACUUUAUUACCAGCUGUACCUUAGAGUUUCCCUCCGUGGUCGUGUGCUGAGAAGAUUCGUACUUGCUUGCCAUUCGGCCAUGACCCUGGAAACCCCAAGUAAGCUUCCUGAGCCGUCCACGAUCAUUUCGGUGGCAGUCUGGGAUAGAGAAGUUGCUUUUUCUAUUCUUACCUAUCGCACCUAUACUUAGUACCGUAUUCCAGAUCCACUUGAGUGGCACACUACC